CUAGCUCAAUAACCGUUUAGCGCUUUCGGAGAAAGAAUACAGUUGGGUUAAAUGUUAAUGGCCUAAGUUGUGACUUUCCUCCACAGUGAGCGUCCACCACCGGCGCUCCGGGGCUGAGCUGUGUACGCGGAGAGCGCCACAUGGAGGCGGUGCUGAAAAACUUGGCGAGCACGGCGGAGCUGCUGGCCGUGGCGGCACAGAGCGGCGUGGUGGAGCAGUGGGAUAAACAAACUCUGUCCAGAGCUUUUCACUGGGCCCAGUACUGCGAACACCUGUUUUCUCGGUUUCACAAUAAUCUCGCGAUAAGGGAAAUUAUGGAGAAGCAGCUGCAGCUCACAAAUCAAAGUUUGCGAGCUGCCUUCCCUGGAUACACAGAACUGUCUUUCUCGGACCUCUCCCGCUGUCAGCACUUGUUGCUUGUUGGGCUGUUGAAAAAUCCUGAGUUGCCCAUCUCCAUCAUGAAGAUACUCUUUGACACUACCAGCCCUGUAAACACCCAGCAGAACCUGUCAGCUGUUGGUGCUGAUGCUGAGGUGCAGGGGGCGAUGCUGAUGGAGAGGCUGGAUGCCCUGCUGAGCCAAGGCAGUGAAGCCUGCCGGACAGAGCACAUUUUAGAUUCUGUCCUCCAGGGAUGUGAAGGAGCAGCAGGACAUUUCUGUCAGGUCAUCGCUGCAGCUCUGCUGACAACAACAAACUCGGAUACAAAAACUGCUUCACAGGAUUUUAUCUUGGACUGGCUGCAGAAUAAACACAGCAUGCUGCAGCACAUGUGUUCAAGACUGCCUACUACGCUUAUUAUAGAUCUGGCCAAAGAACACCUUCAAUUUAGAUGUGCAUACUGUGAUGUGCUGAAACAGUGGGCCUCUGACAUGGAGUACAGCAUAAAUGAGGGUGAAUGGGUUCAAACCAGUACGAACCGAACAGUGUCCUUCCAGAGACUGACUGAGCACUUUCUGGCUUUGUUUGAAGCCUUUCCCUCUCUGAGGGACGAUGUAGAAAAAGAGCUAAAUGCUUUGAAAAUUUCUGAUGGGGACUUUGAUGUCAGAGGUCUGAGUGUGUGGGGAGACCUCCUGUCAGCAUUUAACAAGUGACAGUGAUUUUUUCUUUAGAGCUGUAAGAUGUGCUAAAACGUAGCCAAAUGUGAAUGUGAGUUCAUAUCUUGAUGCAGUGUUUGACUAGAACUGGGUAUUAAACCUCAGUACUUUUUGAUACCAUACAGAAUGCGUCCAUACCACACAUUAUUGGAAGCUGGCUCUCAAAUUAUUUUUAUUAUUUACUUCUGAAGCUGUUUUAUUUAAUAGGCAAAGUUUGCAUUAUAUGUUCCAUAAAAAAGUGUAUCAGCAUAAACUGGAAAAUUUAUAAGCUGAUACAGAUAUGUCUACAAUAGGCCAAUAUUGUCCAAUAAAAUCAGCCCACUGAUAAA